AUGCUCGACUUGACUCCGAGUCGCGAGUGUAGUCCUUCGGGCUUUGAUCCACUCGAUCAGCCGAUGCCCAAGGCGGCCGCGAGCCAGAGCAGCAUGCUGCUGAAACUGCCUGACGACAUCUUCAAAUGCGUCAUGGACUACUUGGAUCGCGACGCUGCGUGGAGUCUAAAGCGCUUGUGCAAGGGCAUGGCAAACAGCGUGACCGUGAACCAACUACUCUACAAAUACCCCAUACAACUCAACGACGUGCGUGACAUAAGGCUGGGCGACUGGAAGUAUAGGAGCAUCGGCAGGACCCGGUGGAUGAGCUUCAUGGACAGCAUCAAUGACUCCAAUCGCCGCCAUGUCCACAAGCUGGCAAUGUCGCACUGGGCAAGCAUCGACGACUUCAAGUGGAUAGAGAACAAUCUACCUUGCCUCACCAGCCUUGACAUAUCAGCCAUCAAGGAUUUUGUCUGGACUCCUGAAGAGACUUGGACGUGGAAGAUGUUGGCCGACGCCUGCCCAUGUCUGUUUGGACGCUUAGAAGAGCUAGAGGUAGCAAACUGGGCAGACUACACUGCACACUCUCGCAUCGAAUACAGCUACUCGUACCAGGACUACCGCUUCAAGCAGAGCUUCAGAAUAUCACGGAGACGAGACGGUGGAUCCGUCGCCAACGCCAUCUUCCCCAUUUGCAAGAGGCUAAAGACGCUUGCGAUACGGGAGCGAUAUUCGGGCUUCCACACAUGGAAUGAAUGGGAGGUUCAUCAACGCGUCUGCUGUCUCGUAGACGGCGUACAAAAGUACUGCCCAGAAACCAUGACAAAGCUUAGGGUACACGACUACGCCCCCUAUCGGUCACUCUUUUCCACAGAUGCGACAAAGUGGUCGCGCAUCAAAGAUGUCGAGAUAGGCCUUUAUUCCUGGAUGGAGGACCGCCGUGACAGGGACGUCAUCGGACCAAUUCCAUACCGGAUAACCCAAGGUCAUCACCAUCGCGACGAGGAAGAAGCCUUUGACGACAAGACAUUUGACGCGUGCGAGCGCGAUCACAUGGUCCUGGGUAACCAUGUUGUGCAAGGCGUCGGGGCGUCAUUUGAAGACCUACUCCAGAGUCUGCAGACCAUAUCCAAGAAAUACCCUAACAUCAACAUGAAACCUAUUCGGAACCUCCGGAACAUAACCUUGCAUCCGUUUCAUCUAGUCAACGUCAUGCAGCGACGUAAUCAUUUUGGCCAACCGCCCCAGCAAAUCAACGAUCCAGCAAUGAGCGAUCCAAGCUCCAAGCCUGAAGUGCAGGAAGCAUUACGAUGGCUUGCGCGAGAGUGUGACUGGAAGCCAGUUCUUGCCUGGGAAAGCAUGAUGUGCGAUGUCUUCCCUGCAAACCUUGAGCCCAAUCGUACUUUUCUGCCCAAACCCGACAUUCUCUCACGCAUACAGACAAUGGUGGCACGACUCAGAAGUUUGGAUAUACCCAUUCGCAUCUCGAUUGGUGAUCGUGGAAAUACUUGCCCCUCAUCAGGUCUGGAUGGUAGCUUGUACUUUGGUCCAUUCAAAACUUUUAUCGGCGAGGGUGCCGACAGGCGCGAAGUGCUUCUGCCGACCCAGGCAGUCUUUAGUCUCACCCCCAUCGCCUCUAUGGUAGACGAGCUAACCAUUCAGUACCCUGCCGAUGUUCCAGGUGUCUCGGGCUGGCUUCGUGCAGCAAAACGCCCCACACCGGCAGAGAAAGCACUCAUGGAACGUGAAAUGAUUGGCUGGCGUCGCUUUUGGAUGCGCUACGCUUCACAGUUCAAGAAUCUGAAGAAGCUUACUGCAAAUGUACCCAAUGAUAUUUACGAAGAUUGGGGAAAAUCAGAGCUUGUCACGCUGCUUGAAGAUGAGCGGUGGCAGAUGUUGGAGGUAGAAGAUAAACAAGACUACAAUUCCAGUAGCUACUUUCCUUUCAGCAACCCAUCAACUAUGAGGUACAGAUUUCCGAGGAACCGUAGCAAGACGAAAUUUGCCCAGAGGGUAUUUUUCCGGCUCAACAAUGAGCCAUUAGAUCUAGUGGUAGGUCAGCCCGAGCUGAGUGCCAAGGAGAGGGAAGAGAGGGAGAUUACAGAUGCGAUGAUCAAGGAAAGUGAGUCACUAUGUGAGAGGAGUCUGGGACACCGGUUCUGGGUAAGGAGAGAAGGGCAAGAGAAAGCAGAAAGCAAGGCUGAAGAGAAAGAUAGCAAGAGGAAAUGGUCAGACGAUGACGAGAAAGGGGUUAAUGGGGAGAAGGGGGCGGGAGAAAUGGAGGCCAAACGACCGAGGAUUGAACGAGAGGGUUUUACAGAGUUUUUCCACGUCUUGUGA